UUUCAGAUAACAAAAAAGAGAGAAUCAAGUUGCAAAUCAAAAUUAUUUUAUUAGAAUUGUUGCGAAGAAAUGGGCAAAGGGAACAGCAAGUUGAAAUCUUCUCAAAUAAGAGAUCUUGCUGAGCAGACUUAUUUUACCGAAAAAGAAAUCAAGCAAUGGUAUAAAGGAUUUGUACGUGAUUGUCCAAAUGGAAUGCUAACAGAAGCGGGCUUUCAAAAAAUCUACAAACAAUUUUUCCCACAAGGUGAUCCAUCAGACUUCGCAUCAUUCGUCUUCAAAGUUUUUGAUGAGAAUAAGGAUGGUGCUAUAGAAUUUCAUGAGUUUAUACGAGCUUUAUCCAUUACAUCUCGUGGAAAUCUAGACGAAAAACUUCAUUGGGCGUUCAAGUUAUAUGAUUUGGAUCAAGAUGGAUUUAUUACGAGAAAUGAAAUGCUGUCGAUUGUAGAUUCGAUUUAUAAAAUGGUGGGAAGUAGUGUACAGUUACCGGAAGAAGAGAAUACGCCCGAGAAGAGAGUUGAUCGGAUUUUUAGAAUGAUGGAUAAGAAUAACGAUGCUCAACUGACAUUGGAAGAAUUCAAAGAAGGAGCCAAAGCUGACCCCUCAAUUGUGCAUGCUCUUUCAUUGUAUGAGGGUCUCUCCUCUUGACGCAUUUCAAUAUGUUUUCUUAUAUCAAAAUUGCAAACACUAUCAUCAAGCGUUAUGUCCCCUUUUUUCGUCAAAAUGAAAGAAUCUUUAGUAUAAUAUUUGUCUUCUUAUUUACAUAUCAAAUUCCAUAGAUUAAAAUGUUCAAAUGAAAUAGGCUGAAAAAUGUGAAAAGUUGAAACAUUAAAUCAAUAAAUUAGUGAAAUAGUCGA